AACCGUGGAUUUCCUAUUACUCUCGUUACGACUCACUGAGCCCCAGGCCCAAGGAUAAUGAUGUGUUGUUUCUUGGUAGCAUAAUUUGUCACACGUACAUUUUUUCUUCUUCUUCUCUUGCAGAAAGCUCUGCUCCCUCUCUCUCUCCCUCUCUCUCUCCUCUCUCUCUCCCUCUCUCUUUCUCUCUUUUCUCCCUCUCCUACAUUUUCUUGCUGUUGCUAAUUCAUGGUGAUCAAAUGAUGUACGACAAAAUAAAUUGUAAAGAGUGACUGCCUGGAGUUGGGAACCAGAAGGUGCUUUCCCCCCCUCCCAAGGAGAGAGCAAACCUUUAAAAAGGAACGACAAUUGAUUUUUUGGGGGGGAGCUCAAGUGAGCCUUGACUUUGCAGCUGGUUGAGAGCAGGUUGGAGGAGGGUUUAAAGCCAGGUGCGCCCAGCCAGCUCGCCAUGUCCAGAUCGGGGGACAGGACCUCCACCUUCGACCCCAGCCACAGCGACAACCUGCUGCACGGCCUCAACCUGCUGUGGAGGAAGCAGCUGUUUUGCGACGUGACCCUGACGGCCCAGGGCCAGCAGUUCCACUGCCACAAGGCCGUGCUGGCCUCCUGCUCGCAGUACUUCCGAUCGCUCUUCUCCAGCCACCCGCCUCUCGGGGGAGGAGGGGUCGGCGGCCAGGACGGCCUGGGGGCCCCCAAGGACCAACAGCAGCCGCCGCCGCAGCAGCAGCAGCCACAGCAGCAGCCGCCGCCGCCGCAGGAGGAGCCCGGGACUCCUUCCUCCUCCCCCGACGACAAGCUGCUGACCAGCCCCCGGGCCAUCAACAACCUGGUGCUGCAAGGCUGCUCGUCCAUCGGGCUGCGCCUGGUGCUCGAGUACCUCUACACGGCCAACGUGACCCUGUCCCUGGACACGGUGGAGGAGGUGCUGUCGGUCAGCAAGAUCCUGCACAUCCCCCAGGUCACCAAGCUCUGCGUGCAGUUCCUCAACGACCAGAUCUCGGUGCAGAACUACAAGCAGGUGUGCAAGAUCGCCGCGCUGCACGGCCUGGAGGAGACCAAGAAGCUGGCCAACAAGUACCUGGUGGAGGAUGUGCUGCUGCUCAACUUCGAGGAGAUGCGCGCCCUGCUGGACUCGCUGCCGCCCCCCGUGGAGUCAGAGCUGGCGCUCUUCCAGAUGUCCGUGCUGUGGCUGGAGCACGACCGCGAGACCCGCAUGCAGUACGCGCCCGACCUCAUGAAGCGCCUCCGCUUCGCGCUCAUCCCGGCCCCGGAGCUGGUGGAGCGGGUCCAGUCCGUGGAUUUCAUGCGCACCGACCCGGUCUGCCAGAAGCUGCUACUGGACGCCAUGAACUACCACCUGAUGCCCUUCAGGCAGCACUGCAGGCAGAGCCUGGCCAGCAGAAUUCGUUCUAACAAGAAAAUGCUGUUGUUGGUUGGAGGGUUGCCUCCUGGACCGGACCGGCUCCCCAGCAAUUUGGUUCAGUAUUACGACGAUGAAAAGAAGACAUGGAAAAUACUCACAAUUAUGCCAUACAACAGUGCCCACCACUGCGUCGUGGAGGUGGAAAACUUCUUGUUCGUGUUGGGCGGAGAGGACCAAUGGAAUCCAAAUGGAAAACAUAGCACAAAUUUUGUCAGCCGAUACGAUCCUCGAUUUAACAGCUGGAUUCAACUUCCCCCUAUGCAAGAAAGAAGAGCCAGUUUCUAUGCCUGUCGGUUGGACAAACAUUUAUAUGUAAUUGGUGGAAGGAAUGAAACUGGCUACCUGUCCAGCGUGGAGUGCUAUAACUUAGAGACAAACGAAUGGCGUUAUGUGUCCUCCUUGCCACAGCCCCUGGCAGCUCACGCCGGAGCCGUGCACAAUGGGAAGAUAUACAUUUCAGGGGGUGUACAUAACGGAGAAUAUGUCCCAUGGCUAUAUUGUUAUGACCCUGUAAUGGAUGUCUGGGCUCGGAAACAAGAUAUGAACACAAAACGUGCAAUCCACACUUUGGCUGUAAUGAAUGACCGCCUGUAUGCAAUUGGAGGAAACCAUUUGAAAGGAUUCUCCCACCUUGAUGUCAUGCUUGUGGAAUGCUAUGACCCCAAAGGUGAUCAGUGGAAUAUUCUCCAAACUCCCAUUUUGGAAGGUCGAAGUGGGCCUGGCUGUGCAGUGUUGGAUGACAGUAUUUACCUUGUGGGAGGCUACAGCUGGAGUAUGGGGGCCUACAAGUCAUCUACAAUAUGCUACUGUCCAGAGAAAGGAACCUGGACAGAACUUGAAGGAGAUGUAGCAGAACCCCUGGCAGGCCCUGCUUGUGCGACAGUUAUCCUGCCUGCCUGUGUACCGUACAACAAAUAACACUAACAAAUCCUGGAAUGAACAGUGUCACAUUUGAGGAAGCAGUGACAGGUCAUGUCACUAUCGUCAUAGGAACAAUGCAUUCCCAUGGUACAACUGCCAAAACCCACCCUUGGUUUCUGAUGAUUUACAAGUGACUACAAGAGAGAGACCUGUUCUGAACAGAUGCUGUGUGUGUGACUCAGAUCCUACCAGAUCCUUACUGUGGUGACAGACUUCCAUUUCAGACUGGUUUUAACUUGUCCCAGCUUUACAAAAACUCCUCAUAUGGAUGUUAACUUUCCAAAGGACAAAGAUAAGAUACAGAAGACUGACCCCAGGAAGACCUAAGAUCAGUUUUUUGUGCAUUGUAGUCUACCUGCAUGUGAUCUGUGUUGAAGUUUUGGGGAUAUUGUGUUCAUGAAUGAUUCAAAAAUUGGACCCACAAAAAUAUUCACACUGCAUUUCAGAAAUUGCCACUUGAUUCUGUAUUCCUAACCUCUGACUACUUCUCAGACUCCACCUGCAAGACAGUUAUUGAAAGUCAUUUAAGAUUAAAGAGGGGCAUUUUUGUUUCUUUACAACUGCAUUUCUCAUCCCUUCUGAUCUUCACAGCACCUGCCAGGAUCAGAGAACAGAAAGGCGUUGGCUCUUGAAGCAAUUGCUUUCUGCUCCAUGGGUUUCAGGCUAGCCACAAUCAUAAUUUCUGUGUCCUCAAUUUUAUCCAAAAGAUUAAAACAAAAUACACUAUGCCACUAGUCACUUCACAAAGACCUGUGCUUUCUCAUUUGUUUCGGCUUCAAGUAGUGAACACAUUUUUAUUUGGUUCAAAAGGUAGGAUUGACAAAUUCAGUCAUACAGUGUUUUAGAGAUCCUGUCGGAUAACACAUCCGACCCAAACUCAAUUCAUAAUGAAAACUGGGAGAUGGCUUUCGGGGAUUCAGGGGGAGAAAAGAAGGACUAAUUCCUUACUAUUACAAUACCAGUUCUCUCUGUUCCUAAAACACACAAUUCAGAAGAGGCAUAGGAGCCAAUUAUAGCCCCUGAGAGAAUGCUGCUGCUUCUCACCUUUGGCUGGCUCUGGACACAACUUACCCUCACUAUUCCCUCAACUCAUCAUAAUUGGGCUGAUAUCAGAGACACCUGAGCUCAGUUAAGCAGCUGAUGGCUAGCAGUCCUCAGGAGCAUGAGGACUAGAGGGGUGAAGGUCAGGAGGGCAUGAGAUGGUCUCAGAGUGGCCAAUCAUCAAAGCCAGCAGGAACAUAAAUUCGAUGUGCAAGCUCUUCUUGAAUAUCAACUUGUAAGAGUAAAUAAAAGCCUAAAAUUUUUUAAUCACCCAAAGAUGCUAUCAAAUCCCUCAACAACUAUGUCAUUCAAAACAAGAAGGGAAGCCAUGGAAUAAGAAUGCCUUGGUGAUGUCAUGUGGAGCGCGUCAGGAUGGAUGGGUAUGCCAGAAUCCAAUGCAUUUCUACAGUAAAGUGCAAUCUUCGUUGUUUUGUAUUUAUUUGUAUGUUCAGAUCCAAAGGAUCCGUUGUAAAAAAUAUAUAUAAACAGUCUAUCUAGUGCAAUCAGCUCCCAUUUCUUUUUUCUUGAAAACAUGAGUAUAUAGAAAGUUACAGUACUUCGUAGGAAAAUUCCAGCUGACAUCACGAAGAGAACAAGAUCUGUUUCAGAACCUUUUAUUGUCCACUGUCACCGUUUCUUCCAAAAGUCAGUUUAUAUGACAAUAUUUGCUUUCCUUAGACUUGUCCUUCGUCUUAUUUUUAUUUCUACCCAAAAUAAAUAAAAGCAUUUAUGAGAACUGUAAGUAAAGCUUUCUGUAUUUCAGAAAGACACAAACGCCUAGACAGUGAAAAGUGAAUAAAUAAAUCACAGAGAAUGUAAAUUUUGUACAGUAUUAGAAUGUGUAUAUGAAGCUUGCUUGGAAAGGGAAAACUUUAAAUAAAAACUUUAUGUACUAA